AUGCAAGACGAUGGACAGUCUGCGGCAUUGCGAUAUGCUAAUAAUUCAAAAUAUAGAAACGACACAUUGAUCAAAAAAGAGGCUCGUGUUAGUCCUGCGACAAUAGCUGAGCUGAAACGAAUCAUUGCUGAAAGCGAAAUAUUUAAAGAAGACGAUGCAAGAUGGCCACCAAGAAAUAGAGAUGGAAAACAGGAAUUAGAAGUUAGGGCUGGAAAAUAUCACAUUUCUUUCGAGGUAGGUAUAAUUGCUCCUGUGUAA